AUGAAGAUCGCGGUGAUCGGUGCUGGAUCCGCUGGUCUCGCGGCCCUACGGCAUUGCACUUCCGGCGCGUACGACUGCCAAGUGAUCUGCUACGAGAAAACAGACCAGAUUGGAGGAACAUGGGUUUACAGAGAGGAGAUUGGCGUGGACAAGUACGGGUUACCGAUACACACCAGUAUGUACAAGAAUUUAAGAACGAAUCUGCCGAAGGAAGUGAUGGGGUAUCCCGACUAUCCUGUGCCGGAUAGUCCGGAAAGUUACUUGACCCGCACGCAAAUGCUGAACUUCCUGAAAUCCUACUGCGAUCAUUUUAAUUUGCGCCAGCAUAUUAGGUUUCUACACAACGUCGAACUGGUCGAGCCGACGAACAACGGAGACCGGAAGUGGUCCAUCAAGGUGAAAGAUCUGCAGAGAAACACUGUCACGAACGAGUCCUUCGACGCGGUUAUGGUGUGCAACGGUCAUUACUUCGAGCCUAGUCUUCCAAAGUUAAGAGGCAAGGACAUUUUCCAAGGCCGACAAAUGCACAGUCACGAUUACAGGACUCCCGAAGUAUUCGCCGAUAAAACUGUUUUGGUCAUCGGCGCCGGGCCUUCCGGAAUGGACUUGGCCGUGGACAUAUCGAAAAAAGCGACGCGAGUUAUAUUGAGCCAUCAUUCCAGGGACCCAAUAGGCACCGUUUUUCCUGACAAUGUUAUUCAGAAACCAGAUGUGAAGGAGUUGAUUGAAAACGGUGUGAUUUUCGCGGAUGGCUCGAACGAAUCCGCAGACGUAGUUUUCUAUUGUACAGGAUAUAAAUACAAUUUUCCGUUCUUGGACGAGAAAUGCGGUAUACGAGUGGAUUCGAACAUGGUCACGCCGCUGUGGAAGCAUCUUGUGUCGACUGAAAAUACCAGCAUGGUUUUGAUCGGUCUGCCGUAUUACGUUUGCGCCUUCAAUAUGUUUGACUUACAGGUCCGAUUCAUUUUGAAGUAUUGGUUCGGGAAGAAGGCCUUUCCCCCGAAAGCAAAUAUGUUGCGGGAGGAAAACGAAGAAUUGGCGAGAAAACUGAAAGAGGGCUUCCAGAAGAGACACUUUCACUUGAUGGGAUACGAGCAGGGCAAAUAUUACGAUGAUCUUGCGAAUACCGCUGAAGUAAUGCCCUUACCACCUGUCAUCACGAAGCUGCAUAACGAAAGUAGUAUGCGCUUCUUGGAUGACCUGACACAUUACAGAGACCGCAGAUACAAAGUCAUCGACAACUACAAUUUCAUCCAGCUUUGAAUUUCACGUGCUGUUACGUUAAUUUUUAUACUUAAU